AUGUAUCCAACCUUCUUCCGUAUGACACCAGACGAUCGGGUCCGUUUUGUAGCUAUUAUAAAAUUUUUGCAGCAUUUUGGGUGGAAUUGGGUUGGAAUAAUAACAACAGAGGACGGCAGUGGUGAUGAGGAGGCAAAAGAACUGAGUAAGAUGAUGAGAGAACACGGGAUCUGCACAGAGUUUAUCAUUACACUCAUUGCUAAAGAAGCAGAAAUGAUUCAGACAACGAGAAUCAUUAAUGAAUCAUCAGCUAAAAUAAUCAUAGUGUGUGGAACUUUCACAAUGUUCCUAGUUAAUAUUCUUCGUGAUAUACUCUCUAUUACAGAAUCAUUCACAUUUAUUUUGCCACCUACAUGGAAUAAGAUAUCUUGUAUGAAUUUCCAUGAGGACGCAUUAUUCAACUACAGCUUCAUUUUUAUUUGGCCACAACAAAAAGAAAUAAACACCAGUAAUUAUAAAAAUGGUGUCAACUUCUCCAGCUGCUUAAAUGACCCCAUAAUGCAAGAUCUUGGGUUUUUCUUCUUUCGCUGCCUUUCCCCAAGCAAAAUCAAAAAUGACAUUUUACAAUUUCUCUAUACAUUUUCUGUAGAACUUUGUACAGAUGUAAAUGAUGUUUCACCAUUUUUUGAUGGUUAUAGAGAUAUGACCGCCUAUGCAUACAAGGCUGUGUAUGUUCUGGCCAACGCUCUACAUGGAAUGGACAUGAAGAAAGAUAAAUUUGAACCAAAAGAAUUACAGCACAGAGAACUGUCCAUACUGAUCCAGCCGUUCGCCCGGUGCCAGAAGUGCCGGGCCUACCUAUUUGUCGCCAAGUCACUCGCCAAAGCUCCUCUGGAGUACAGGGUGAAUUAUGUCACAGGAGUCAUCACCACGGGGGAGGAAGCCACAUGGCCAGAGCCAUUCACGUCGGUGGCAAUAGUGGAAGCGGAGGUUCGGGACAUUGAGAUUAUUUUGGUUUCAUCCACCUUGACCCUGUGUGACAAGUACACAGGCCAAGACCACAUCGGAGACCACCACUUCUACAGCAAUCUCUAUGUGGUGUGCCUCUAUAUGAGCAGGGCCUGUUCCAGCCUCCCGCAGCCACGGUCGAGGCCUACCUUGCCGGACUGGCCAAGGGACCCUACAGCCAAACCCUGCGGUUACUUGCCAGCGGAGGAACUGAACUCGUCGGACUUUGAUUCUCUUUCCGACGAUGGUGACCUCCAUGAUGACAUGUUUGAGCCAAGGUUUCCAGAGACCCAGGGGUUUGGAGGAUUCCGUGCCCCCUACGCUACUCGGAGGAAGAAACUCUCCGGCCGGAGCGCAUUGCGUGGGUCUCAAGUUCCGUCAGUGGACAUCCCGCAAGUGACCUGGGGAGUUGGUUUGAGCGUUGCCACCGAGAGUGGAGCUGGGGUCGUCAAAUUUACAGCGACCGGGUCGUGCUUAAGUGCCCUGGGAGAGAAGACCAGAACUCUUAUUACUGUACAUGGUAAUGUGUCUAUUUCUGUCUUCUUUGAAAAGCUGCACAAAUAUGUGAGAAAUCUUAAUUACACCGACCCAACCGGAGGCAAGAUCUACUUUAAUGAGAGAAGAGAAGUUCCAACUGAUCUCAGGUUACAUAUGUGGCUUUUUUUAAAAGAUUAUUUUUGUGCCCAUCGUUUCAGAAUUUGCAAGAUUCUAAGCCCAGACUUUGUGCCUCAAACAUUUCCCAAUAUGAGUGAUCCCUUCUACUGGAAAAAAGGCAAACCUCCGGUAUCUCGAUGUUCAGAUCCCUGUAUACCCGGCAGCAGAAAAAAGUUUGGAUCUUCAAUUCACAAAUGCUGCUAUGAGUGCGUCUCAUGUCCAGAAGGAGAAAUCUCCAACAUUUCCGACAGUGAAAACUGCAUGAAAUGUCCUGAUGAUGAAUGGCCAAAUGAGAAGAAGGAUCGGUGUGUUCCAAGAGUGGUGGAAUUUCUCUCCUACACUGAUGAUCCCAUUGUUGGAGUAUUUUCAGCUGUCUCCAUCCUCUGUUGUCUUCUGACUGGUUUAAUAUUGGGGAUAUUUAUACAAUACCAGGACACCCCCAUUGUUAAAGCCAAUAACCGGGACCUGAGCUAUCUUCUCCUGGUCUCCAUCAUGCUGAGCUUCCUCUGUGUCUUCUUGUUCCUCGGCCAUCCAGUAGAUGUGACCUGCAUGCUGCGUGUCACCUCUUUUGGUGUCAUCUUCUCAGUUGCCGUCUCUUCUCUACUUGCCAAAAGUAUCAUGGUGUGUAUUGCUUUUAAAGCCACCAAACCUGGGAGUCCCUGGAGGAAAUGGAUGGGAGCCAAACUGCCCAAUUUUAUUAUUUGUGUCUUCUCAUUGGUCCAAGUCAUAAUCUGUGUCACUUGGUUGUCUAUUUCUCCCCCCUUCCAGGAUCGGGACACUCACUUUUAUCAGGGGAAGAUCAUCAUUCAGUGUAAUGAGGGUUCAGUUAUCGGCUUCUACUCUGUCCUGGGAUAUAUGGGGCUUCUGGCAGCUGUGAGUUUCAUUAUCGCUUUUUUAGCCAGGACAUUACCGGACAGUUUUAAUGAGGCCAAGUACAUCACCUUCAGCAUGCUGGUGUUCUGCAGUGUCUGGAUUGCCAUGAUCCCGGCCUAUCUGAGCACCAGAGGGAAAUACAUGGUGGCUGUGGAGGUUUUUGCUAUAAUAGCAUCAAGUUCUGGACUUCUUGGCUGUAUAUUUUUCCCAAAAUGUUACAUAAUUCUGUUCAGACCCGACCUGAAUACAAAAGCAGCUAUCCACUAAUAUGUAUGGAGCAACACUGGGUUACCAGUAGUUAUAGCAUUAUCUCUAUUGUUGCAUAUAAUGAGUUUUAUUUUGAAAUAAAAGAAAAGAGUCAGAGUACAGAAUACAACCAGGGUACAUGAGUACCGCACACAGACACAUAGUCAAAACCUGACAAUACGUACUCUGAAAAUAAGCAACUUUUUAUCUUAUAACAAAAGAUAGCACAGGGCACAUCACACCUAGGAUAUUGCCUGCUACUAACUAAUACUAAGAAGAAAAUUAGAGAGAAGGCAAAGAGAGAAAAAAGAGGAAAAACAAGGGAAGAAAGAGAAAUAUGUAUUGAGAAUGAACACUGCUAUACUGUAUAUGAAUAUUUCAUACUUACCUCUCUGGUGGACGGUGAGUUACAUUUUUGCUCUGGACACUGCUGGCAUCGGACACUUUGGGUUUGUUGGAAAGCUUGUCCCCUGCUGGGUGUAGUAGUUCCUCCCACCAGCCGUUCCAUUAAUACAGAACAAUGUAGUCACUUAGUGAGGAGGAACCACAGUGACCAGAGGAGGACAAAAUAUCCAAAAUAUCCUAAAUUGUCCGAUACCAGAGACACCCAUCACUCUUCCAGAGAGGGAAGAUUUCACUCACCACCUUCCCGGAAGAU